AUGCCUUCCACCGUCAGAAGUGUCCUACGGUUCAAGAAGCUGUCAGGGAAUGCUUUAACUCCCAGUAAAGGUUCAAAACUGGCCGCCGGGUUUGACUUGAGCAGUUAUUUUAACUUUAACUACGGGAAUGAAUAUUUAAAGAGUGGCAACUUAUUUCCCUUUUUCAGUGCGUAUGAUAUAGUAAUUGCAGGCCAGGGCAAAGCUCUUAUCAAGACGGACAUACAGGUAGAGUUACCAGAAGAUUGUUAUGGCAGGGUGGCACCACGAUCUGGUCUUUCCUGGAAGAAUCACAUUGAUGUUGGAGCCGGUGUUAUUGACCGAGACUACCGGGGAAAUGUUGGCGUUGUUCUCUUCAACCACGCCAAGACUGAUUUUGAAGUAAAAAAGGGUGACCGAGUAGCUCAGCUCAUAUGUGAAAAAAUCGUGUAUCCAGAUAUAGAGGAAGUUGAGGAAUUCGUGGACACAGAACGAGGUGCUGAUGGUUUUGGAUCAACUGGAAUGAAGUAGAAAAUCCAUCCAGAAAAUUUUAUUAGAAAAAAAAUGUUUCUGUUU